AUGGUUGCAGAUUUGAUCGAUCACGAGAGUAGAGAAUGGAAGGAGAAUAUUAUUUCUGAAAAUUUUAAUGCAAUAGAUGCUCGCAGCAUCUUAGCUAUCCCCUUGUGUUCAAGCUCUCCGCAAGAUUCAAUCUGCUGGGCAUUCUCCAUGGAUGGUACAUACUCGGUUAAAACGGCAUAUAUGUUAGGAAAAUCGUGUAACUUGGACGAUUUUCACAGAACUUGGGUUGACAUUUGGAAGCUUGAUGUCACACCUAAAGUACGCCAUUUCCUCUGGAGAAUCUGCACAGCCUGGCCGAGUGAUUUGAGCUUCCUCGAAUUGUUUGAGGGAUGGAAUAAGCAAAGCUCACGCAAGCAAUGUAAGGGGGCCAUCCUUAUGUGGAACCUUUGGAGAAGACGCAAUGAGAAGAUCUUCCAGGGGUCCGAAUCUUUCCUUCCUGUUCUUGUUGACAGAGUUCAGAGACUUGCAAAUGAAUGCAUUUCAGCCUCGGAAAGGAUUUAUGGGGUAGCCAGAGUAAAGCAACGGAGCAGCCCAAAGACUUGGCAAGCGCCUCCUGAUGGUGUUAUCAAACUUAAUUGCGACGCGUCUCUGUGCACGGAAGGCUGGGUUGGGCUAGGAGUGGUUGCUCGAAACAGCAGUGGUGAGGUCCUGUUGGCUGCGUGCAGAAGGUCCAGAGCUUUUUGGCCUCCAAUUAUAGCUGAAUGCAAGGCUGUCUUGAUGGCUGUUAGGCUGGCGAAGCGCUAUGAGUUCAAAGAUAUUGUGAUUGAAUCUGAUAGCCAAGUCUUGGUUGGAAGGUUAAACAAAGGCUCCAUUUUUCUCACCGAUCUUGAUGGCUUACUUGAAGAUGUGUUUAAUUUUUGUAAUUCCUUUAAUUCUACUUCUUGGAGUCAUAUAUUAAAGGGAGGGCAAUAG